CUUGUUCUCUGAGUGUUUGCUCUGUGCUGAGUUACCAUGGCAGGCUGUGAGUCCAUCACCAGUCCUGUGGUGCGACAGAUUGACAAGCAGUUUCUAGUCUGCAGUAUUUGCCUCGAUCGCUAUAACAACCCCAAGGUUCUGCCAUGUCUACACACAUUCUGUGAGAGGUGUCUCCAGAAUUACAUCCCCCCCCAGAGCCUGACCCUCUCAUGCCCAGUUUGCCGUCAGACAUCCAUCCUCCCAGAGAAAGGAGUUGCUGCUCUUCAGAAUAAUUUCUUCAUCACGAACCUGAUGGAGGUGUUGCAGAGAGACACCGCCUGUAGCCGCGAACAGAUCUCCAUGAAGGAGACAGUCAGCGCCGUGUCUGGACAAUCACUCUCCUGUCCCAACCACGAAGGAAAGGGGAUGGAGUUUUACUGUGGAUCCUGUGAGACAGCGAUGUGCCGUGAUUGCACAGAGGGAGAACAUCGGGAGCACAAGACAGUGCCACUAAAGGACGUGGUGGAGCAGCACAAGGCCUCGCUGAAGAAGCAGCUUGAUGCUAUCAAAAACCGUCUGCCACAGCUGAAUGCUGCCAUCGAGCUGGUGCAUGAGAUUUGCCGGCAGCUGACCGAGCGGAAGAACGCUGCGGUGAGUGAGAUCAGCAACACCUUCGAGGAGCUGCAGAGAGUCCUCCAGCAGCGCAAGUCAGCUCUCAUCUCCGACCUGGAGGGAAUCUGUAACAGCAAACAGAAGGUCCUUCACACUCAGUUGGAGUACCUGCUGCAGGGUCAGGAGAAAAUCCGGAGCAGUUCGGAGUUCACAGAACAAGCUCUGAGCCAUGGCACAGAGACCGAGGUGCUGCUGGUGAAGAAGCAGAUGAGCGAGACCCUGAACGAACUGGCCGCCCAGCACUUUCCACUUCAGCCCCAAGAAAAUGACCACCUGGACCUGAGAGUGGAGACAGAUGGAGUGAGAAAGUCAAUCCAGAAUCUCGGGGUCCUGAUCACCACCAGUGCCAUUGCCCAACAGACUGUAGCCACGGGCGAGGGUCUGCGUCACACUGUGGUGGGCCAGCAGACAACAGUUACUGUGACAACCAAGGAUAAAGACGGAGAGCUGGUGAAAACUGGUAACGCCAUCUUGCAGGCUGAGAUCACAGCUCCGGACGGCAGCUGUACCGAGGGCGAAGUCCUGGACAACAGGAACGGGACGUAUGAGUUACUCUACACACUAAAGACUGAGGGAGACUUUACACUGUCUGUAACCCUGUACAACCAGCCGGUCAAAGGCAGUCCCUACAGAGUCCGAGCCACGAAACCCUCUGAUGCCGCACACUCCCCCGACGAUGUCAAGCGCAGGGUGAAGUCUCCGAGCAGUGGGCACAUUCGACAGAAAGCAGUCAGGCGCCCAGCCAGUAUGUACAGCACUGGCAAGAAGAAGGACAACCCCAUUGAGGACGAGCUGAUUAUCCGUGUCGGGACCCGAGGUCGAGAGAAAGGGGAAUUCACCAACCUUCAGGGAAUCUCAGCCUCAGGGAAUAACCGCAUCGUGGUCACCGACAGCAACAACCAGUGUAUCCAGGUGUUCUCCAAUGAUGGACAGUUCAAGCUGCGAUUCGGCGUUCGGGGCCGGUCACCAGGGCAACUCCAACGUCCAACCGGAGUCACCGUCGAUCCCAAUGGUGACAUCAUCGUGGCCGAUUACGACAACCGCUGGGUCAGCACCUUCACUCCUGACGGCAAGUUCAAGGGUAAGAUUGGUGCUGGGAAGCUCCUGGGCCCAAAGGGAGUUGCUGUGGAUCGCAAUGGCCACUUGAUAGUGGUGGAUAACAAGGCUUGCUGUGUCUUCAUCUUCCAGUCCAAUGGAAAGCUGGUGACUCGGUUUGGGCUGCGUGGUACUGCAGACAGACAGUUUGCAGGUAUACUGGAUGGGCCACAUUUUGUUGCUGUCAACAAUAAGAAUGAGAUUCUAGUGACGGAUUUCCACAAUCACUCGGUGAAGGUAUAUAACUCGGAUGGUGAGUUCCUCUUCAAAUUUGGAUCUCAUGGCGAGGGGAACGGACAAUUCAACGCUCCGACAGGAGUGGCUGUCGACACCAAUGGGAACAUUAUCGUCGCUGAUUGGGGAAACAGCAGGAUACAGGUGUUUGACAGCUCAGGAUCUUUUCUCUCCUACAUUAACACCUCCGCUGAUCCCCUGUAUGGACCCCAAGGUCUGGCAUUGACGUCAGAUGGACAUGUAGCUGUGGCAGACUCAGGAAAUCACUGCUUCAAGAUUUACCGUUACUUGCAGUGAAGGAAGGUUCCAGAACUCCGCCAGAGGAUCAAUGGAAUCGCUUUAUUUCCUGUGCAAUUGCGUCCAGUGAAGGACAAGUGAUGCUUUUUGUUUGUGUUUUUGUUGUAAAUACAGAGAGAAGCAACGUCCAAUCGAGGCCCAAGGUCAGAGUUCACCAAGGAGUGUCCGCACUCCCAUUGGCCAGAAACAGACUGACUCAGCACCAUAGCUGGAUAAAUGGGCCCAGCCAAGGAAUCCAGCCUCUGAUAAACCAGGAUCCCUCUCAAGUGAAGAUUGGACCCUCUGAGUGGAAAAUGGACCAAUUAUAAUCCUGCAUGUCACCAUCGUGCUGACUCACAGAACCUCAGCCCUGUCUCCACUGGGGCUAAACUGCUAACAGUGGUAAGGGCAGGUGAGAGUCUAGUGUGGGACCCAUACCCCAGUGAGAGUCAGUGUGUGUGGGACCCAUACCCCAGUGAGAGUCAGUGUGUGUGGGACCUGUACCCCA